CGGAAAAGAAACCGAGCGGGUUAUCCACAUCUCUCGUGUCGUCGUGGCUUAUUCUUCCGCCACCCACCCAUCCCACGUCCGCUGCCGAGUAUAGUGGGUAGAGAUGAAAUGCGGCCGUCGUCGAUGGUGCUGCAGCUCCCACGGCUGGGACGAGUCGCCGGAGUAACGGCGGCACCUGCAUCCAAAGCCGGGCCCCGCAAAUUGAAUUCCCAUGGGUGCCGCAGCAGCCGGCGCUCCCCCUCGUCCAGCAGCAGAAGCAGCAGCUGGUUCUCCUCCAACGCCGAGAAUCCCGGCCCCGACACCAGAGACGGUAACAGGACUAGUAGUAGGAGGUGGUGGUCCGACGACCAAUUCGACGUGGAGGAGGAGGAGGAGGAGGAAUUCGGGAGCGAGGGCUCGUUUGGUUCUGCAAGGGAGAUGUUCGACGAGCCAUGGUUUACCAAGGUCUUCAGGGUGUACGGGUAUGUGCUCCCGGUGCUGCUGGCUUCCAUGCUGGUGACAACGCGGCCACAGGCUUUCCUCAUGGCCAUGGCCAUCCCGCUCGCCCAGUCCGUUCUCUCCUUCGCCAUUUCCAAGAUUGGUUCAUUUGGGCGGCGCCGCCGUGACGAAGAAGAAUAUGACGACGAUGGUUAUUAUUAUUCCGAUUACGGCAGCGGCGGCUGGGAAGCUGAAGAACAGUAUAGAAGCAACUCCUCAUCGACGUACAGAGGAGACAGCAGCACUACUAGCAGCAGGUACCAGCAGCAGCAACAGGAGUCUGCAGAUUCACAUCCAACGGCAGAACCAGGUGAUAUUAACGGUACCACCGGCACAGCAACUAGAAGUGAAAGUGGUAGUAUCAGUUUUGGGGGAUGGGACGAGCUGGAAGAAGGCGACGACCGCCGCCGCAGCAGCAGGUGGAGUGCAGGAGCGUCGCCGGUGGAUACUGCUACCGCUGGCGGUGCAGUGGGAACGAGUAGACCACCUGCAACUAGAAGGAGAAGAAGCAGAGGAGCUGCAGCUGCAAGGUACAGGCAGGCGCCCCUGCCGAUGCGCUUGCUCAUCGCGCUCUUCCCAUUCCUGGGUUCAUGGUUCAGAAUUAUGCUCUAAUUCCAUAAAUUAGAGUCAAUCCCUCCACGAAGAAUAUUUAUCGUUGUUUCUCGUCCAGGUGUAUACCAAUGUGUAUGCAUAACUAGAUCGAUCCUCACGAUCCAGUGUGUGUAUUACCAUUUGUUUUUUGAAACAGAUGUACUCCAUAUUACCAGUAUAGUAAUUUUUUAGAAAGAA